AUCCCAUCAUCAACCAAUUCACAAUCUCACAUAAACUUAGCCACCUCAUCACUCACUCUCUUCUUUCAUUAUUUUUCCUUUCCCCUUUUCACUUAAAAAAAUGGCUUCUGUUGAGGUUGAAUCAGUUCCAGCACCAAUCACAGAGAAUGUUAAAACAGAGCUUGAGGUGAGCCCCGCCGUCUUGGAACCCACGGCAGCGGUGGAAGCGGCUCCACCAGCCGCCGCCGAGCCGGAGCCCGUGGCGGAAAAGCCAGCGGAAGAAACACCACUGCCCAAAGCGGAAGUGGAAGCCGAGCCGGUGGCAGAGGAAGUAGCGGUUGAGACCAAGGAAGUGGUGGAAGCAGAGGAGAAAACAGAGGAGCAGGCGGCCGUCGAGGAAGUCAAGGAAGCAGCCGCGCCGGCGGAGGAAACUCCGGCGGUGGUUGAAGCCAACAGUGAAGAAGUAGAAGAAGAAGCUCCGUCUCCUCCGGCAGCCGAGGAAGCCGCCCCUGCCGCCGUGGAAGAGGUUGAGGAGGAAGCCCCCGCCGCCGGGAGUGAAGUUCCGGCGGAGAAGGCUGAAGAGUGAAAUGGGAUGAUGGAUGGGUGGGGUGUUGGGUUGGGGGCAUUUUGGACUUUUCAUGUCUUAAGGUUGGGUUAAUCGGUUAUUUUUAUUUUACUUUGAUGCUAAGUUUUUUAAUCUUUUUAUUACUACUACCAUGCAUUAGAGUGAAGGAUGAUUUGUAAUGCCUAUCACUCGUUGGAUGGUGCUUUGUUGUGGUUUGACUAUAUUGUCCUUGUUCUUGAUGGAGCUUUGGCAUUCAAUAAAGUUGUCUCUUUUUU